AUGCCUGGUCACACUAUUUUUGCGUCACUAAAAACCAUAUUUGUACUAAUGUUUUCUUUGUGCAUGGAUCUCGUCCUCUCCUGCCCUUAUCGGUCGACAUUUUGCCAUCGUCAACCAUCGUCCGCCUCUGCUUUGCAGCUUAUUCUCUCAAGAGUCGUCUCAACAGCAUCGCUGUGGCCUCUUCUCCUCUGCAUGGCAUACAAUUCGAAGAACAAAACAGACCUCGCUAAGAUUGGGGAAGAAACGUUUGCUAUCAUAGAUGACAUUUUCCCAAGUGAGCGUAAUUACUCCAAGCCUCCAUCAGCAGCAGGGACUGCUCCACCGAGUAGAAUCCAACAUCAGUUGUUUCACCAUCAGUAUCAACCCCAGCAGGCAUACGUAGUUCAGCAACAAGUGUAUGAUGCUCCCAUACCUGCGAAGAGGGCUGAGAGAGUCAUAAACUGCAACGAGGCUGCCAAAAUGUACGGUGGGACUGUGUUUCUGGAGUAUCCUAAAAGGAAGCCUGCUCGUAAGGGUUUCUUUUUUUGA